AUAUAUGAUUAAGAAAUGGCGGGUGGGGUGGGGUGGGCUGUGCUGCUGAAAGAGUAUAUUAGGCAGCGCCAGUCUUAUGGUGAGUCUGCUCCCUCGUGUACGUUGGUGAUGUUGAAUAAUAAUGCUUUACUAUUGAACAAGAAUGCCAACCUGAGCCACGCUUUCAUCUCUUUGCUCGACAACUGCAAGUCCAUCUCUGAGCUUAAGCGAAUUCAUACUCUGCUCAUAGCCUUUGGCCUUGCCCGCGAUGACCCCUUUGCAUCUAAACUCCUAUCUUUUGCGGCCACCUCCGAUUCUGCCGAUAUUGAUUAUUGUCAGCGCAUUUUUCUGCAGCUUUCCAGUCCAACAAUCUUUAACUGGAAUACAAUUAUAAGGGGUUACUCUAAAAGCAAAAACCCCGGUAGAUCUGUGUCAUAUUUCGUUCGCAUGUUGCGAGUUGGGAUUCCCCCCGACUAUCUGACGUACCCUUUUCUCGCCAAGGCGUCUGCGCGGCUCACCCAUCUUCAGCUUGGAGUGGCUUUACAUGGUCGCAUCGCGAAAACAGGGUUUGUGUCUGAUAGGUUCAUUCGGAACUCUUUGAUUCAUAUGUACGCUUCUUGCGGGGAUAUAGUGUACGCGCGGAAGGUGUUCGAUGAAAUGUCUAACAAGAAUUUGGUUUCUUGGAACGCGAUGUUGGAUGGGUAUGCUAAGUGUGGGGAGUUAGAUUUGGCGCGGGAAGUUUUUGAAACUAUGCCGGAGAAGGAUGUCGUGUCAUGGAGUUCUUUGAUUGACGGGUGUGUCAAGGACGGACAGUACGCAGAAGCUUUGGCAAUUUUUCAGAGAAUGCAGAUUUUGGGUCCUAAGGCUAAUGAGGUGACUAUGGUGAGCGUUUUGUGUGCUUGUGCGCACUUAGGUGCCCUUGAACAUGGCAAGAUCAUGCAUGAUUAUUUGACUGAGCAUGGAUUGCCAUUAACUCUUGUGUUGCGGACAUCACUUGUGGACAUGUAUGCCAAAUGUGGGGCAAUAGAGGAGGCUUUAGCUGUGUUUCGUGGGAUUUCCGUGAAUCAAACUGAUGUGUUAAUUUGGAAUGCAAUGAUCGGGGGGCUUGCAACUCAUGGAUCUGUGAUGGAAUCACUUGAUAUGUUUACAGAAAUGCAGAUAGGAGGGAUCACCCCAGAUGAAAUCACAUACCUGUGUUUGUUGAGUGCCUGUGCUCAUGGAGGGUUGGUGAAGGAAGCUUGGUUUUUCUUUGAGUGUCUAAGCAAAGAUGGUAGGACACCAAAAGAUGAGCAUUAUGCUUGCUUGGUGGAUGUUCUAGCUCGAGCUGGUCGACUAACAGAGGCAUACCAAUUCUUAUGUCAGAUACCUGUGCAACCGACUGCUUCCAUGUUAGGUGCAUUAUUUAAUGGGUGUAUGAACCAUAGAAAACUAGAUUUGGCAGAAAUAGUGGGGAGGAAGCUCAUUGAAUUGGAGCCAAAGCAUGAUGGUAGAUAUAUUGGUCUGUCGAAUAUUUAUGCAGUUAUCAAGCGUUGGGAUGAAGCAAGAUUAGUGAGAGAAGCCAUGGAAAGGAGAGGAGUGAAGAAAUCUCCUGGUUUUAGUUUUAUUGAGAUUCUUGGAACUCUACACCGAUUUAUAGCUCAUGACAAAACUCACCCAAAAUCUGAACAAAUAUAUACAAUGCUAACAAUCAUUGUAGAACAAAUGAAAUUACAUGCUGAUUUUGAAACUUUGCAACAUGAUUCGUAUGACAUUGAAGUUGUGUAACUUGCAUAAUCCAUGAUAAUACAAUGGUGUGCUCCAAACUCAAAUUUCUUUGAUUCUUCAGUUAAUUUCUUCCUGCCUUAAUUAUAAGGAUUAUGUGUAAACAUAUAUUUCUCUGCUUUCACUCUAAUUUGGAUAAUCAUUAGGGCUCAUGCCCCAGGGUAUGAUGAUCUUCAGUCCUUUCUGGUUUGAAUAUGUUUUAUUUCCUCAUAAUAGAUCAAUGUAAUCAUUUUUACCAUUUUUUCCUGAGCUAAAGCUGUUGCCUAUCUAAUUUUCUUGGAUCGAGUCAGAAUUGUAUACAUCAAUAUUCAAUUUGUUUGUUCUGUACAAACAAAAGUAUUUUUCCCUUUAGUCUUUUGCUACCUUUUUGUUUUUCUGGUUUGAAUUGCUUUGUAAGAAUGCUACAUGGGGUUUGGAAUGAGCAUAAAAUUGAUAUUUCAGUUCACUAUCUAUGACGUCCAUUGUGUUUUUUCUUCGAACUAGGUGGUUGCCUUCUUUUUAAAAAAAUAUUGUAUGAGUGCUUGAUGAAAAUUCUGUGUUAGCACCAGGAUGAACGAAUUAUCCUGUAUAGAUUUAGUUAUUUGGUUGAGAUUGCUUUUCAGCUAAUCUAUUUCAGGUUUUUUUUUUUUUCUAUUACUGCAGAUCCUCCUCAUGCAUUUACAUACAUACAUAAAACAACAAUGACACGAACCUUUGAUCCCACCAGGCAGAGUUGGCUACAUUGAUUUAGCUUGGCAAUCAUCUCCGUCCAUGUUUGAAUCUUCUAUAAGGCCAUUGUAUCCAUGUCAUACCUAUCUCACCAAGUUAUUUUAGUCAUCCUCUAUCUCUUUUAAUUCCAUUUCAUCUACCUCCUUAAGAGGUGGGUCUAUUGAUUUUUUUUUUUUUUACAUGCCCAAACUAUCUUAAAAGUGUCUUGCAGAUUUAGCAAAAAAAGUGCACAUAUUUUUCUUUAACAUGCACUACUCCAAUCUUAAAAAUCUGCAUUUCUUGUUUUUGCUCUCAAAGUUAAAUAAAGAAAGGAACAUAUCAUCUAUGCUCUACAUGUAUUCUGAAAGUUUUUUUUACUUAUCGGAUUCAAUUUGGCCUUCCAAGCCAACGUGCCAUAUGUAGAAUGUGCUAUCCCCUUUUAAUAAGAAUGCCACGAUAGGGUUGGCUGCUGACCAUAUUGGCACAAUCAAUAAUAUCCCUCUCAGUCAAGCAAUUUAACUGAAACCCAUCCCCAUCUUGACGUAAAGGAUGACGCCACUACUUUGUCUGAUGCAUACUUCUUUUGCCUGACAUGAAUGGCUGCCAUAAAGUAUACAUUGAACCCAACCAUUCUUUUAUUAGUUGUUUCUUAUGUCCCACUUCUACAUUUAGAGCAUGUGUACGUGUUGCUAAUGUAUAGUGGAAAGGUUGAUUGCAAACCUGGAAACAGCCUGUCCACAGGCUGCGUGAAGCCGUAUAGAUUUGACCCUCCCCAGACCAGAAAAUGGUGGGAGUUAUGUGCAAUUGGCAAUUGAAAGAAUUCCCUUUACAUUUUUAGGGUGCUUAUAUUCCAGUUCUGAUUUUGUGAGGUUGAUGGUCUUGAUCAAAUGUGGCUGGAGCAUUUUUCUUAAAGCAUUAGUAUCAAUUAGGUUCAAGUUUGGCCACAUUUUCUUAAAGCAUUUUUCAAGGGUAGGAUUUAUUGGUAGAAGGAAAAUUUACCAGUGUCAAUACCUGGUGUCAUGAGAUCUUUUCUUAGAUGGAGCCAUGAAAUAAGAAUGAUUGUCUUAGGCAGCUGGAAGGCAACAUAAAUUACCCAGAAAGAUCUUUUCUGUCAUGAACUCUCAUAACUUUUCUGCAGAAGUGCUUUGUCCAAAGUAGGCUUGCUUGCAACCACCUGGGCAUGUGAUCUGGAAAUUAUCUGUGCCACCACUGUGAGAAUUUCUCUUGGCUUCUGGUGCAGGAUGCACUUGCUAUAGGUGCUGUACUGGCUUGAGAGAUCCUUGUUGUCAUGUCACUCCCAUAGUGAAGCAACAAACCUUUUUCCUGAAUUUCCUUUUAGGCCAUAGUUGGACAAUGAUGAGCAGGUGACUUUCUCUUGUGACCAAACUUCAAACAUUUAAUCCAGCCAUUAGAUAGGAAAUUUUAGAACGGUACCAAUCUUCAACAUUCAAUCCCAUGUUUACUAUUUGCAUGUCAUGCAAUAUAACAUGUUACUCACUAUCAUUUAUCAUUAA